AUGGCUCUCUUGUGGUGGAUGUGGUUUAUUUCGUUUCCAGGAGUUUUCCACUGUUACGAUAACAUAUGUGAAACAACUACAUGUAAAGCCACACAAAGUUCUACAAGAAAUGGUUUAUCGGCAAAUAAAGUGAUCGACAGAAAUAUUGAACAAAAAGAGAGUAGCUGUUCACAUACCGAAGUAAAUAAAACAGAACCAGCUUGGGUUAUGGUGGACUUAGGAAAAGAAUAUCAAAUUAGAAACAUUAUCAUCUAUUACAGAGAUGAAUGGACCUUUAAAACAGCCUGGAAACCGUACCGAUUUAGGCAAUAUGGCAUAGAGGUAUCCAACACCUCGAAUACACAACAGUGGGCCCUAUGUUACAAAGAUAACACAACGGAUGCCAGAACACCUUCCAGUAUACAGAAUAUCUCAUGCGAAAAAACAGCCAGAUUCCUCAGAAUUAUAACAACUUAUGAUGCUCCUGAAGAUGAUGAAUACGAAAUCACAGGUGCUAUACUUGAAAUAUGUGAAAUUCAAAUUUAUGGAUGUCUUCCUGGGUAUUAUGGUCAUGCAUGUCAGCCUUGUAGCAGGAACUGUGGCGAUGGCUCUUGUGAUGGACGUGACGGUAGAUGUAUCAAAGGAUGCAGUCCUGGAUAUUAUGGAUCCUCUUGUGAUCGUUCCUGUAGUACAAACUGUGAGAACAACACAUGUGAUCAGAGUCAUGGCACCUGUUCUUGUGUCCGUGGAUGGAAGCCAUCAUAUUGUAAUAAUUUGUCAGAAUAUAUACAACUAAAUGACUAUAAAUAUAAAGCAAUCUACAAAUACAGUUAA